CCAAAAUACUGACACGUUGACCGAAACUUUGUUCGGAUUUUUAACACAGCAUUGGACCUUUAUACUGGUCUCUUUUCUUUUAUUUACGUCUUGUUGUCAUUUAGAAAACAUAACCUCUAAAUUUUUGAGUUUAAUGUAGACAGUGUAUAAAACACAUAUGCAUGUAUAAUUUUAUAAAAUUUUGACAUUUAUAAUUUAGUGUUAACAAUCAUUAAAAUAUUUGAUAGUCAAACACUAAACCAGUCUCAUCAAAUUUCUAUUAUUAUUCAUAUUAAUAAUGUCGAUUAAGAUUUUAAAAGAUUCUAAACUUGAUUAAAGAUCAUUAUGUUUAUGCAUUUAGCAACAAAAAUACUUCAAGAAUAUUAUGUUUGAAAGUGAGAAAAAAGAGAUUAUUCAGCAAAUAUUUUUUAUUGCAGUGACAUCAUUUAGUUUUAUUAAUUAAAAAGAUUCUUAUUGAAUUAAUGCAAUUCUUUUUCCGAAAUUGUGAGGUUAUAAUAAGCCAAGCAUCUAAUGGUUCUACCCUUUAUUUAGAAUCGUCAUAUAUGUACAAGUAACAGUGCAAAUGUUUAAUCAAUAAAACUCUUGAACCAUUAUAUUCCAAGUGAUAUUUCUGACAUGAAUACUAAAGAUUAUAAUGUGACUAAUUUUGACAAAUUUUAAAUUGAUUACUCCAAUCAAAAUCCAAUAUUUAUUCAGAAAUUAAUCGUUAUGAUCGUAUUUUAUUUUUUUACGAUAUAUUUUUCAUUAAAUUGAGAGAAAAAAUAUUUUUAAAAGAAAAUAUCAAUAUUAUCAAUAAAAUAAUUAUAGUUCAAAUAUAUCAACACAUUAAAUGUGAAAAAAUACAGUUUAUUCAAAAAAAACUAACUAAAAGAUUCAUGAAUCAUGGCUGGAGUAGUUCCAAUGUCUGGAAAACCUUUAAGAAAACAGUGGUUUGUUCACGAUGGUCCAAGAGGUUCUUUAAGGGGAUUGCGAUCUCAAUUAGCUGAAGAUGGUUGUGCUGAAUCUCAAGUAGUUUUAGCGAAAAGAUUAUUAGAAGAAAGAUGUGAAUUAGAGGUCGAUACUGAAGAGAAUGCUAAGUUAGGAGUUUAUUGGUUAACAAAAGCUUCAGAACAAGGCAAUCUAGAAGCGACAGAUAUUCUACGACAAUGUUUGAAAACUGGUCAUGGAAUUACUGAACACAAUUAUUAUGACACAAAAUGUUGCUUAGAGAUGUCUCAAGACGAAAAAUUAGCUCGACGAGCAGCUCGAGAGUUAUUUAUGUCAUUAUCAAAUGGUGAAGAUUUCGUAACAAUUGACCAAUUACGAAGACAACUUAGAAUUAUAAGAAAUCAUAUACAAAAUUCAGCGUGUUCAAGAGCAUCCAGAUCAACGUCAAGAAAAGAAGAAAAUCGAUCUUUGGAGUAUGGAGAACCAUUCGAUUUUCAUGGAGAAAAAAUAACAGAAGCAGCUUUAGUAUCAGCAGCAAGUAAUUAUGCACGAGGAUUGCUUCCAGUAAUGACUCGUGACCUUUGUACGGUAGAUUCGAAUAGACUAGCCUUAGAGAACCUUCCAUUAUUUCAUAGACCGUUGAUAUAUCCAAUUGAAUCGUUAAAAUGGCUCUAUGAUAUUAUUAUCAAUUUUUGUGGUCGUCAAAGUACCUGGAUUAAGACUUUUUUGUCUUCAAAAGUCUUCACACUAAUACUUUUACUAGUAUAUGCACUUUUUGGCACUGAAAGCCUUAUUUUAUUUGUUCCGAUGGCUUCUUAUUACUUUUCUUUCAUCAUUAUGGUAAUUGCUACCUUUCAAAUGUUAUACAGUAAGAGAGAAUUAAAUGAUUUUAGAAACUGGUCUAGGCUUUUUAUCAGUUAUUCUGGUGGAAAUCUAAAUUCUGAGGAAGCAGAAUAUCAAUUUUGUAAAAAUAAUUUAAAACCUUAUGGUCAUUUUUUCUUAGCAUUACUGUUAAAUUUAAUGAUUUAUCCUGUUAUUGCUCAACAAUGGACUCCACAAUCAGAAUUUACCAUUAUUGCUUUCGUUUUAACACUUUUUACGCUAUUCAAUCUUGCUUGCAAAGAACCAGGACACGUCCCAGAUUUUCUAGUGUUAUUUAGUUUUGCUGUUCAUGUUUUAGCAAAAUAUCCAUAUGAAACUGAUAUGGUAGUAGCUCAAACUUGGCGAUUUUUAGAUAUACGAGUGCCAACUUUUGCAUCUUAUGUUGUAGGUAAUGGCAUUGAAUUUUGUCUCAAUUUUCGAGCAGUUUUUUAUCUUUUAAUUCCGGCUGUUUUUGCAAAAAUGGCUGCUAGAGAUGGUUGGAAAGGUACUUACAAGACUCUUAUACCUCACUGUGUAACUUUAAGUUGGUGGCAAAUUGCUAUUUUGAGUGCUCAAGGUGCUACGUGGUAUGGAUUGAUUCGAGGAACACUUGGAUUAGUUGGUAUGGUGCUAUUUUUACCAAUUGUAAGCAUAGCAUCAGUUCUACUCCCAAUUGUUGCAAUUAUUAAAUAUUUAUCUGAUAAUGAUUGGGCUAUGCGAAUUGUUCUCACAGCUAUCAUCGGUGGUUUGCCUUUUUUAAUUUCUUGGUAUCUAAAAAAGACCAAGAAUUUUCAUUAUAACUGGCUUAUCACCUGGCUUCAACUCAUUCUUGGUGUAGUAGCUGGACUGUUCUUAUCUUGGCCACUUCUUAUUGGAUUUAUUACAGAAGAUAAUAUUAUUUCUUAUAGAAAUAUGGAAACUUUAUCUUGGGAAGUCUAUCAAAAUCACUGUCAUCAACCUGCUUGGGAAGAAGUUUCAUCUAAAGCUCAAGUUCAGGUUCAAUGUGCUCAGUUAGAUGGUCUUCCAGUUUCAUGGGAUGGAUAUGUCACUAAUGUACGUCUUAAAUCUAUUGAUAAUAGUUUAAAGAAUUUUCUUAAAAUCUUUCCGACAUCAUUAGAAACUAAAUUGAGUUGUUUGUUUGGGGAAAAUAUUGAGAAUGAAGAAAAUUUAUGCAAAAAUCUAAAUAAAAAUCAACAAAAAAAUUGUGAAACUAUAACAAAAUUGCAAAAAAAGAUGAAAAAAUGUCAUCUGAACAAUUGGAAUAAAUAUGAAUUCGAAAUUUAUGUUAAAAUGAAAAAUGGCAUUUGGGGAAGUAAUGCAGAAAUUAUUUUAUUGGGUGAUGAUUCUUUUGCGAAUUUUAGUCUACAUAUUUAUCCAGGAGAUAGAAUUCAGUUUAAUGGAAUUCUAUCAAAUGACAAAGGAGAAAAGGAGACUUUGUUAGGUGGUAUGAGACCACACGUACGUCUUGAAGAAGUUCAAUGUCUUCUUUGUCAUACAUCUGAUCUUAAAGCGUAUAAACGAAAUAAAAAAUAUCAAUUUUCAUUGAAUCUUAUUAGCCAGACAUUUAUUGUGGGAAUGAAGACUGUAUUGAAUUUUUUAUUAAAUCCUUUAGUUGUUUUUAAAUAAAUGUAAUUCUGAUGUAAUGAAUAUCUGUGCAGAAUUUUGUAAAUGGGUUAUUUGAUUGUUUUGUAGGUAGUGAAAAUAUUUUAAUAGCAAAUAUGAUCGACAAUAUUCGGUAAUUCAAAAUUGGAAAAGUUACAAAGAUUUAAAUACCUACAAAGAUGAUAUAAAAUUAUACAUUACUUGUAAAGUACAAAAUUCUGUACUUUCAUUUAUGAAAUUUUUGUAAGUUAUGAUAAAUGUAUAGUUAUGUUCAAAUUAUUUUCAGUAUUAAAAUUCUGUUAUAAAAUUUAUGAAAAAUAAUUUUUUAAUUAUCGCAGUCAUAUAAUUUAUUCAGGUGUUCAGGGGACAAAAGCGUUUGAAAAUUUUAAAAACAUGACAGAAAAGUGGAAUAAUUAUUUUUUUCAAAAUUAUACGUAUUUUUCAUAAAUUUUUUUGUAAAUAAUUUGUGCUAGAAAAGUGCCUUGUAUAAAUCUAUUUUAAAUAACUAUAAUAAUAUUCUAACAAACAUUUUAAUUAAAUAUCAAGAAU